AUAAUGGACGCAAAUAAUCAUUCCACAGUGACCAAGUUCUUUCUCAAGGGUCUAACAGAUGAGCCAAGGUUCCAACUCCCCUUGUUCAUUCUCUUCUCACUCAUCUAUUCAGCCAGUGUAGUGGGAAACUUGGGCAUGAUCCUAUUAAUUGCACUGAAUAGUCACCUUCACACCCCCAUGUACUAUUUCAUUAGGAACUUGUCCUUUAUUGAUCUCUGUCACUCCACUGUCAUCACCCCAAAAAUGCUGGUGAACUUUGUGUCAGAAAAAAAUGCCAUCUCCUACCAUGAGUGCAUGGCUCAGCUCUAUUUCUUCCUCAUCUUUGCUAUUGCUGAGUGCCACACAUUGGCAGUCAUGGCAUAUGAUCGCUAUGUUGCUAUUUGCAGCCCACUGCUUUACAAUGUUCGGAUGAACUAUCAGGUUUGCUCCUGUCUCAUGGCAGGGGUGUGCUUUCUGGCAAUUGUUGGCUCCACGAUUCAUGUGGGCUUCAUGCACACAGUGUUGUUUUGCAGAGCCAAUGCCAUUAACCAUUAUUUCUGUGAUCUCCUUCCCCUCCUGAGCAUCUCCUGCUCCAGCACCUAUGUGAAUGAACUUUUGGUCUUGUACUUAAGUGCAUUUAACAUCCUCACCCCAACUCUGACUAUCCUUAGCUCCUAUAUCUACAUCAUCACCAGCAUCCUUCGCAUCAGAUCCCCUGGGGGUAGGUUCAAGGCUUUCACCACCUGUAGCUCCCAUAUUGCCGCCGUUGUUCUUGCUUUUGGUUCUGCCAUGGUUGUGUACCUGCAGCCAUCAUCGGUUCACUCCAUGACCCAGGGUAAAGUGUCCUCUGUGUUUUAUACUAUAAUCUUACCCAUGUUAAACCCUGUGAUCUAUAGCCUAAGGAAUAAAGAUGUCAAAUUUGCACUGAAGAGAACAUAUGAAAGAAUAAGAUUUUCAUGA